AUGCAAAGCUCAAACUUAUAUUUUGUAUAUAAUUCUGGAUCUGAAUAAUUUUGGAAGAGAAAAGAUUAUUAAUUAAUUAAUGAACUCAUGCAGGGAUUACUCCAAGAUUCAAGAGAGAUGAUAACAUUGUAUAAAACGUAGAAAAUAUUGAAAAAGUUUAUUGCUAGACGAUAUAAAACCUUUUAACAACAUCUGUUUUAUUUCAGAGAGGUACAAAUUGAAUAGUUAUUAGAAAGAAUGGUGAAUUGGGGGGAUUUGUGGUAUUAAAGAAUGUAUAUUUUAAAUUAACCAAAAAAUAUGCUACCCAAAGCAUUCCUUAUGACAGUUGCCUGACUCUAAUUAGGGAUCGCAGUAGAAUUGAUCUUUAUUUUAAUCUUUCCCCUGAGAUUGAUAUAUUUUUAAGAGAACUAUAGAGAUUCUGUAUUAUUGAUGGGUUUGAUUAGCAAUAUUAAUUGCUUCAAAAUAUAGGUACUGGUUCUACAGCUUAAGUACAAUUUUGUAAAUAAAUUAGGUCUUUUUGGCUGAAAAUAUUCAAGAUCACUAGUAAUACGCAGUAAAGCAGAUUGAAAAGGAACAAGCUACAGGAAGACAUAGAGUGUUGAGAUCGAAAACAUUAUUAGAAGAAAUUUUUAUGAUGAGAAGCUUGGAUCAUCCGAACAUUAUGAAAUUGCAUCAAGUAUAUGAAUCAGAAAGUACUAUUUCCAUCCAUCAAUAGAGCACAUUUAAUUAGUUAUUAGCUUAUUUGAAGGCGGAUAGUUGAUGGAUAAAAUCAAAAACUUUAAUUUCCUAAUCAAAAGAGAGUUGGCAAAAGUCUUAAUUGAAACUGUUCAUUAUAUGCAUACCAAAGUAUGUCAAAUAUAAAUUAGGGAAUUAUGCAUCGAGAUUUAAAGCCAUUCAACAUACUCUACAAAAAUAAAGAUCCUUAGGAUUGGCAUAUUGGAAUUGGGGAUUUUGGAUUCUCAACUUCAAUUAAACAACAAUAGCAUAUUUUAUAUAAAUGUGGUACUCCUGGUUAUGUGGCACCUGAAAUCAUAGAAUAUCGAGAAAAGUCUAAGAUGUAUGGAUUGUCAUGUGAUGUGUUUAGUAUUGGCGUAAUUAUAUAUGAAAUGUAAGAGUAGAAAAUUUAAAUAGCUUUUUUAAUAUUCAUCCAUUCAAAAGCAAAACUAAAGAUGACACUUUGAGAUAAAAUGUUAAUGCUUAAAUAAAUUUUGAUGAUCGCGUUUGCAUUCCCUAAUCUCUAAAAUCAUUGAUAAUUUCUAUGGUCAGAAAAAAUCCACGACAUAGAUUCACUUUACAAUAAUGUUUGGAACAUGAUUUUUUCAAAGAGAGCUUGUACAGAUUCAAUGAACUAUCAUAAGAAAUUUAGGAGUAUCAUUACAAAUAUUAAUAUUCUAGACAUGAACCAAAAACUAUGGAGAUCAGAAACAUUAGAUGUCAAACAUUAUAGCUGUUAAAAACUUAAAAUAAUAGAAGAAGACAAUCCUUACCUUAAGAUUUCUCUGUUACCUAAGAACCAUAAAUUUAAUAAAGUAAUACUAUAUUUGGUAUCAAAGGAAAAAGCAUUGUAAUAAAACACAGAUAAUCAAUUUCUUCCACUCAUGAGUCUAAAAUGAAGUUAGAAUCUCAAUAGUAAUUUUAUAUAUCCUAAUAAAAUUAAUUACUAAUGCCAUCCUAAGUGAAAUUACCCUAGAUAGAAAAAAUUAACGAGAUUUUCAUAAAUGAUUUACAUCAAAUACCAAAGGAAUUCGGAAAUACAUAUUUAAUUAAAAAAUAUUGA